AUGAGCAAACCUGUAACACCGUCAACAUAUGUGCGCUGCCUCAAUGUUGGACUAAUUAGGAAGCUGUCAGAUUUUAUAGAUCCUCAAGAAGGAUGGAAGAAGUUAGCCAUAGCUAUUAAAAAACCAUCUGGUGAUGAUAGAUACAAUCAGUUUCACAUAAGGAGAUUUGAAGCAUUACUUCAAACUGGAAAAAGUCCCACUUGUGAAUUGCUAUUUGACUGGGGUACGACAAAUUGCACCGUUGGUGAUCUUGUGGAUCUCUUGGUCCAAAAUGAGUUUUUUGCUCCUGCGAGUCUUUUGCUACCAGAUGCUGUUCCAAAAACUAUUAAUACAUUACCUUCUAAAGAAGCUGUAACAGUUCAGCAGAAACAGAUGCCUUUCUGUGGAAAAGACAGGACAUCUAUGAUACCUGUGCAGAAUCUUGAACAAAACUGUAUACCACCUGACUCCUCAAGUCCAGAAAAUAAAAGUUUAGAAGUUAGUGAUACACGUUUUCACAGUUUUUCAUUUUAUGAAUUGAAGAGUGUCACAAAUAACUUUGAUGAACGGCCUGUUUCUGUCGGUGGUAAUAAAAUGGGAGAGGGCGGAUUUGGAGUUGUGUACAAAGGCUAUGUGCACAACACAAUGGUGGCAGUGAAGAAGCUUACAGCAAUGGUUGACAUUAGUACUGAAGAACUAAAACAACAGUUUGAUCAAGAAAUAAAAGUAAUGGCAAAGUGUCAACAUGAAAACUUAGUAGAACUACUUGGCUUCUCAAGUGAUGGAGAUGACCUCUGUUUAGUGUAUGUUUACAUGCCCAACGGUUCAUUGCUAGACAGACUGUCUUGCUUGGAUGGUACUCCACCACUUUCUUGGCACAUGAGAUGCCAGAUUGCCCAGGGUACAGCUAACGGCAUCAGUUUUUUACAUGAAAACCAUCAUAUUCAUAGAGAUAUUAAAAGUGCAAAUAUCUUACUAGAUGAAAGCUUUACUGCCAAAAUAUCUGACUUUGGGCUUGCAAGGGCUUCUGAGAAGUUUGUGCAGACAGUCAUGACUAGCAGAAUUGUGGGAACAACAGCUUAUAUGGCACCUGAAGCUUUGCGAGGGGAAAUAACACCCAAAUCUGACAUCUACAGUUUUGGUGUGGUUUUAUUAGAAAUAAUAACUGGACUUCCAGCUGUAGAUGAACAUCGUGAACCUCAGUUAUUGCUAGAUAUUAAAGAAGAAAUUGAAGAUGAAGAAAAGACCAUUGAAGAUUAUAUUGAUGUGAAGAUGAAUGAUGCUGAUCCCACUUCAGUUGAAGCUGUGUACUCUGUGGCUAGUCAGUGUCUGCAUGAAAAGAAAAAUAAGAGACCAGACAUUCAGAAGGUUCAACAGCUACUGCAAGAGAUGGCAACUUCUUAAAACUUUAUUGGAAUAGAUUCUUGAUUUUUUGUAUACAUCUAUCUAAAGCAUUUUCUAAACUGAUUUUUUUCUCAGUGUUCUUCUUUACCUUUAACAAGUCAGUAUGAUACAGUGCAGUGGUUAUUAAAGCAUGGGAUGAACCUCCAACAUCUACGACAAAUAAAAGUAGAGUCACCAUAUCAACAGUUAGCCCUACCUACUUGUAACAGUCCCUGAGAUGUCUUCUUUAAGCAUCAUCAACACAGUUUGAAAACUACAGGAUUAGCAAAAGAACACGGGGCUAUAGGGUGAAAAGACCCUGUUCUGAAGCCCAACUGACUCCACUACUAAUUUGCUGUAAAGCUUCCAGCAAACUCUUAGCUGCUUUGAGCCUUGGUUUUUCUCACCUGUAACAUUGGACUAGUAUCUGCGGUGCCUGUCUGAUAGGUAGUCAUGAAAAUCAAAUGAUGCAGAAUUUAUACAAGCACUUUUUAAACUAUAAGGUGAUGUAAAAUGUAAAGUUUAUAGAAGCAACUAUAAAAUCCUAUUUCAGUUGUGUAUUUAUAGGAUCAUGUUCACAGUAUGUUAUUUUAUACAGUCAUUCACCACAAACCAAAUGUAGAGAUAUUCCCGUGAUGAUAUGGCCAUUAUUAGAUUAUGUUACAUGGAAAAGCUGAAGGAAUUUUGCAAAUGCAAUUAAGGUCUCUAAUCAGCUGACUGAGUAUCAGAAGGGAGACUGUGUUGAAUGGGCCUGACUUCAUCAGGUGAACUCUUACAAGAAGUCAGAGAGAUUAUCCUGUGGGCCUUGAAGAAGUAAGAACCAUGCUGUGAGAGGGCCACAUUGUCUAAAGUCUAAGGGUGGCCUCUAGGAGAUGAGAGCUACCUUCAAACUGUCACCUGGCAGGGAAAAAAUGGGUCCUCAGUUGUACAACCACAAGGAACUGAUUUCUGCCAACAACCUGAAUGAACUUAGGAGAGUGCUCCAAGGUUCAAAUGAUACCAUAGCCUGGGCUGACACCUAGAUUUCAGCUUUGUGAAACCCUCAGUAUGAGGAUCUGUCUGAGCUGUGCCUGGACUUCUGAGAUACAGAACUAUGAGAUAAUAAAUGGGUUGCAUUAAACCACUAAAUUUAUGGUAAUUUAUCAUGCAGCAACAGAAAGUGAAUACCAAUACUGCCAUGAUGAUUCUCCCAUGAUGAUUUCCUAUCAUGUUUAUGAGUUCUGCCCACACUCAAGGGGUGUGUGGAAAUUUUAAAGAGUAUAUAUACCAGGGGAUUGUAGUGUACUGAUUUUCACUGGAUUUCUCUUUUCAUCAUUCCCAGUCUUGUAGUUUGCUUGUUUUUCCAUAGAGAAUGAGAGAUCUCUGGAUAGCAGUGGCAAAUUGAUUUUUUAAAAUGAUUUUUACCUAUUUUAAGUUUAAAAUUCAUAGUUUGUUUAUAUUAUUUACAAACUUAUUUUCCAGCUUUGCAUGAGCAAAAGGAAGGAAUUUUCUUAAGUAUCAGAACUGGUUGAUAGAAAAACUAUUAUGUGUAGAAGGAAUACCUAGUGUGUAUUAUUAUUCAUUCAUUAAAUAACCUCUAUGUCAUAAGUUCUUUCAUUAACACACCCAGAACAAGAGUAUGUAAAGAGAGCUGUAGCAAAAAGUGAUCAUCCUCUAUAAUGUACUGUUUAGACCUUCCUAAAUGCUUUCCUGGGAAAUAAAGAUUGUACACCUUUCAAAUCACCUUUAUAAAUUAAAUAUUUAAACACAAAGAAGCAUUUGCUAAUUGAAAAGGAAAAUAAAUAAAAUGACUUAGUCCAAAUUAAUCUCAACAGGAACCCACAUAAUUUGAGACAGUAUGAUGUUAUAAACCACGGUGUUAUAAAGGAUAAUUAUAAACCAUGGUGUUAUAGAUGAUAAUUAUAUUAUAUUAAAAUGUAAUGAAAAUUUAACUUUCUUGAAAUUAAAGCAUAUAUGUAAAGUAGUAUGUAUGUAGCUGUGAUUAUGGAUUAUGACCAAACCUUAUUAAAGUUUAAGUAAGUAAACCA